AUUUUUUGGAAUGUCCUUAAAACAGUUAUUUUAUGAUGCCAGUUUUACUUAUAUUUUUAAGGAGUUAAUCCAUUGACUGUGCAUAUCAACUUUAGGUGACCCACCUUUUUCUGCCAUGGGUUUGGAAACCAACUCUUGUCCGCUGGAAGAGAAAGGAACAGUAGAAGUGCAAGAACAGGCAGUUGUGUCCAUUAGCUACAGGCGAUGGUCCAGUGUUCAGCUUCUUCAUCACCAGCACUGCUUUCAUUCCUCACCCAGACACAAGAGGUUUUCACAAGACCUUGAAAAGACAUCAUCUAAAAAAGUCAGCAGGUCUGCUGUAAGUGUUGAACCAACUCAUGUUGAAAUUACUGAUGAAUGUGGAGGCCAGCACCGUCUCAAUCUCAGCAUCUUGGCCACAGAUGAUACCUGGGGGGCUCCCUCUCUGCUCUCAGCCAGGCUUCAUGGAGGGAAUGGCAAGGCGGUUUUCUCACAGGUGCACUUAGAGAGAGACCCACAAGAAUGCGUUGGGGCAUCAGUUGUCCCAUCCAAGCUUUCUGUCAGUAAUGAGGCACGAUUAGAGAUUUUAAGGGACCUUCUGAAUACAGAGCUUAGUAUGGAUACCACAGGGAGCAGUUCUUCCUGUGUUUACACUUCAGCCUAUUUCCUAGGAAGACAUGAGUUGAAGCAAGACCUCCUGAACAGAUUACAGCCACACCUUGAAAAGCAAGAGUUGAAAAGGCCCCAGUUAACCCUCCAAUUUGUUAAUGCAAGAGAGAUUGCAAAACAGGCUGAUGAAGACUUGCUGCCUCUCCUCAUGAAUGCGUGUCCUAUGACCUUCUCCACAGUUAGAUAUUUUGAGACACUCAAGACAACAUCAAUAGGUCGCUUGGUGAUUUACUGUGAUGUAAUGACCUCCAGUAUGAAGGUAACAGCUGGACAUCCCCCGCUUAUUCAUGGCAUUACAGUAGUGCCAACACAGCAGACACAGGGUAAAGGUCGAAGUGGGAAUGCUUGGUUGUCACCGCUAGGAUGUGCUAUGUUUACCACACAGCUCCACAUCCCCCUCUCAUCAAACUUGGGACAACAUCUCCCAUUCCUGCAGCAUCUCGUUGCCAUUGCAAUAGUGCAAGCUGUGCGAGAGUACCCAGGAUAUGGUGACAUACCUUUGAACCUGAAGUGGCCCAAUGAUAUUUAUAUUGGUGGUGACACUAAAGUUGGAGGUGUGAUUGUAGAAGCCACCACAAUUGGAAAAAGAAGUUAUUUAAACAAGGGUGGAAUGUACCAUCUGUCUGCUGUAAGUGUUGAACCAACUCAUGUUGAAAUUACUGAUGAAUGUGGAGGCCAGCACCGUCUCAAUCUCAGCAUCUUGGCCACAGAUGAUACCUGGGGGGCUCCCUCUCUGCUCUCAGCCAGGCUUCAUGGAGGGAAUGGGUGUGGUAUCAACUUGUCAAACAGUAAUCCCACGUACUGUAUCAACGAUGCUGUCCGUCAACACAACAAGGAGCACAAGACUUCGCUUCCUGAGAUUGAUCGAGAGACAUUCCUGGCAAGAAUAUUCAAUCAUUUUGAGGGCCUUAUAGACACUUUCCAAAAAGAUGGGCCAGAGGCAGUCUGUCCCAUUUAUUACAAGUAUUGGUUGCAUAGUAAUGCAGUGGUAACAGUCCAGAACGAAAGUCGAAGCACGGGGAAUGCAGUCAUUACUGGAGUGGAUAACUAUGGUUUCUUAAUAGCACACUUGGUUGACGGAACAAUGAUCACUCUCCAGCCAGAUGGAAAUUCCUUUGACAUGAUGGAAGGGCUUAUCUAUUCCAAACUCCAGUAACAGGGAAUGUAAUAUAAAUAUUUUAGUGAUGGUUGAUUUUGCAAGAUUUGGUGGUUGUUUCUUCAGUGUUAAGAGGAAGCUUAAAGCAUAAAUGGUUGGCUGAGGUUAGGUGUUGAUUUUUGAAUGAUUGUGACUGAUAUGAUAUUGUUGCAAAGUGUUGAGAAACUGCAGUUACCUAACUAGAGUCUUUUAUUAUAUGUAUAUAUCGGAAGCUAAUUCUAUCUGUUAUUUGUUAUAAAGUUGAAUAUGACUUUUUUCUAAUGUUACCAAGCAUUAUUAUUUUUUACUUCAAAGAUAUAGAAGAUUGGCAGAGGGGAACUUAGAAGCAAAAAAUGUAAGGACAGGAAGUGCAUUGUAAAGUACUUAAACAUGGUAAUGAAAUUUAGAUAUGAGCACUUGCAUCUGCAAUUUACAUUGUUAAAAAUGUAUAAUUGGAUGUAACAAAAAGUUGUUUUGAUUAAGAACCAGUGUUAUAAUGCCAGAACCUGUGAUUGCAUCAUAGGAUAAGAUUGUGAAGUCCUUUAUAAAAAGGAGUGACAGGUAAUGUAGAUAUUCUCUUUUCAGAAAUAAUGUAAAUUGACUCUGCAAAGGUAGAGGGCAAAAAGGUAAUUUGGUAAUAUAUCCUAAAUAUCUGUGCCUGGAAGCAUAUCAAAUCAAAUUGAGCCACAGAUUUCUAUUUUAUCAUCUGCAGUGCUGAACUGGUAACAGAUAUCUUGCACUUGAACUACCUUGUUGCAAAUUCAAAUUCAAAGAUUCAAAGAGAGAAAUAUUGUUUUCUUCAGAAUCAGAGAGUGGUUGUUUUAUGACUGUCUUCAACUUGGAGACAAACUUCCAACAUAUGUCUUCACCCCUUUUUUUUCUCAAAAUUUCCCUUAUUAAUGUGAAACUAGAAGCCCAGAUUAUUCUUAUGGAUAUUUUAAAAUCUUCCUGAUAUAUUUGACAUCUUUGGUAUUGCCAUGUCUUCUACUGAAGGCUGGACACAAAACAACCCAUCCCUUAUUGUAUCAAAUUCAGAAUUGGAUGGUAAAGUACUGUGAUAAAUUUUGAUGCCUGAUGAGCACAGUAAAUAAAAAAAGAAAAACAAACAAACAGACUUGUAAUUAAAACAUGUUAAAGAGCUGUGGAUAAGCCUAUUGUAGGGUUGUAAAUGUUGAAGAAAGUUUUUGUACAGAACUGUUUCCAGCAUUGAAAGGAAAAUAAAACAACUUUGGUACUUUGUUAAAACUACUUCUUUGUGUGUAUAUGCCUUAGGUCCUUCUCAGACUCUGAGACCUGCCUAACUUUGGCCGUGUUUUAAAACAAAAGGAAAACUUGACCAUGUAAAUAUUUUGGGUGAUAAAUGGAAAAUGGCAAAGUGAUGAGCCUUUGGUCACAAAAAGACAAAAUUUGCUCUGUCGAAUGUUUGUCUGUUGCUGUUAACAGUGGCUUGUAGAAGUCUUGUCAGGCACAGCUGACAUUUGCUCGUAGUAUAUAGUUGGUCACUUCUGGUUGUCGCAGUUCAGUGACAACCAUCUUGUUUAACCCACAUGUCCACUCACUGUAUCUGUGUUGGUUGAGCCUUUUAUGCUAAAAUCCCUCUUUGCUAUUAAUGGCCAGUAAGACUUUUUCUGGUUUAAAAGUUAUGCUUCCAUUUAUAUCAAAAGGGAAAGUCGAUGGAUGUUUAUCACCCAGAGUGUGAUAUUUUGUAGUUCCUAGUUAGGAAAUGGAGAAUUUAACUGAAUAACAAAAACAAUUCAAUAAGUUUUGACAGAGGAUUAGCAAAUUUGUAAGAAUUUUUUAAAAUUGUGGAUUGCUGUUGUAAAAUCAAUUCACAUGCCAUUCCAAAUUCACAUGAAAAAAUUGCCUACAGGCAUUAAAAAAAGUGUGAUUUCCUCAAAUUGAAUUCCUUAACCAGUAAUGAACUGGAAGGAUAAUGCAACAUAAAUGGGGAAAGAUCAUACAGAAGGAAAAAUAACCCUGAAGUAAUGGGUCAUAUUUGAGACAAGGCUUAAAAACUGCAUAUCCAUUUUAUGACCUUCAGCCAAAAUAUAUCUUGCCGUUGCUGGUUCAUUGGCGAGUGUUGAUGUUGAUGUAAGAUUUGUAUAUUUUCUUGGGAUAUAUUCAUUUAUUUAUUUAUUUAUUUAUUAUUUUUUUAAGGAUAGGCUAUACUGUAAUACCUGGUCUAGAUGUUUCCAUCAAUUGUAAUGAAAUUGUUGUUUCCAUGGCACCAGGGAUUCCUAUAUAUUGCUUGAUCACAGAACUGAAAUGCCCAUUAUAACAAAAAUUUAAAACUGAGCGUCUUUGGAUUAUUAGUAUUUUCUUAUACUGUCUGUAUAAGAAAAGCAAAAGAUUUCUUGUAUAUUCCAGUGCCAGGAAACAUGAACUAAUCAUAAAUGAAAUAUUCUCAGUGUUCAUGUAUUGUAUCAAUAGAUAGUAAAUGCUAAAUAUUUGGCUAUGUAAUAACGUAUAUUUCUGGCAAAGUGCAAUAUAGGAGAGGUAGAUGGCUCUGCGGACUUCACAUUACCACUACCAGACCAGAGCUGUGGGAUGCUAUCAGCUUGCUCAUGUUAACUUCCUUGUAAUUUCACCAACAUCUAUUUACCGUAUUUACAUUUGGCAUCAAGGCAAGUUACAGGGCUGUUUGUAAACUGUGAGAAGUGGUGAGCUUUGAAAAGGUGAGGGUGAGAGCCAGAAGCUCCUCAAGAGAUAUGUUGUGCCAUUAUUUAUCAUUCUUAUUAUUGUUUAACUCCUCUUUGCAAUGGAUCCCCUUCAGAUCUUAUACUUCGUACAUACCGUGAUAUGAUUCUCUGUUGUCAUUGUUGAAUUGUUUAAGAAAUGGAUAUAUUUUCAUAUAGAUUAUGUAUCUCUUGACAGGAGAGCAUUUGAGUUCUAAAACUUGUGCUCUAUUGAAAGAAGAAGAAGAUGAAGAAGAAGAAGAAGAAGAAAAUAAAUUUAUCUAGUCAUAUAUGUAACAUGUUGUGUUGUAUUUUCCAACAAGGUGAAGGUAGGUUUGUCACAAGCAAUGCAUAGUGUGAGGCUUGAGUAUCUUCAUGUAAUUGUUGAUGCAAUAAUCACUUAUUUCUUGUUUUAGUGUGUGGGUAAAGCUACUGAGCAUGUAAAGUUUUCACUGUCAGUUCAAGAAGACUGAUGAUAAAUAGAUUUUUCUUUGUUUCUUUUUUAAUAGUUAUUCCAGGAUUUUUACUUGUAAAAUAGGUUUAAUAUUAGUUAUUUUAUGAAGUAUGAAUAAAUAUAUAGAACAAGAAGGUCAUGUACUAAGAAACCUACAUAGAUUUUUGUGCCUGCCAUGACUGUUAGGAAAAGUAGCUUUUUUUGUUUCACAGUCUUGCUCUUUUUUUUCUCUCUUUCUUUCUUUUUAUUUAUAAUAUUGCCUACCACUGGGGAGGAGGAUGUCCCACUCAUGACGGUGCAUGUAGAACUGUGAUUAUCGCCAAAGACACAUUUUUAUUUUUAUAAUAAUCCUGUUAAAGGAAUUGUAUGGGUAUUUCUUGCCUUAACAGAUUUGCUGACAUGCUUUAUGUUUUGUACCAUUCACAUAAGCAUACUCCAUUGAAACCUAAUAUAUGAUAUAUUAUUUUUGAAAUACAUAAAAAACUUAUCAUUACACUUUAAUGGAAUAAAGCCUAGCAUGUGAACAAUUCUUCAUGUACAAACAUCAAAGAGCAAAUCAGGAAGGGCCUUUUUUGAUCGUCAUCAUCAUCGUGUGUGGCACACGUUCCCUAGGGAUUGCAUCUCCAAAAAAAAAUGUGUAUAUACUGUUGACUAGUAUUAAGUGGUAUAGAGGCAAUAAGGCACAAGCAUGUACUGUGCAUACUGAACAGGUUUAUUGAAACUGACAGCAAAAAAUUAAACAAAGUAGACUUUAAUGCAGGUAUGAAUGUUUUCUGCAUGAAAGCUCUCAACUGAUUAUCCUAUGUUUGAAACAGUUUUGUGCUUGUGUACCAGUGUCUUGUACGAAGUACUCUGUGAAUAUAUUCCACUAAUGAACAUUAAUAUCACA